GCGUCCCGAUGAUUGUUUUCUUUCCGGCGUGUCUCCGUCACUUCCGGUUGUGCGCCUGGCAUGAAGAAGGGGCGCCCGGCCCGGAAGAGCGCCCGAAGGCCUUCCUUUCCAGAACCAUGUCCAGCCAACAUGACGACGAGGCCCAGAAAGAGGCGGCCUUUGCAGCUGAGCACUUGGCGGCUGAAUCCAUGGCGGCCGACAUGGACCCCUGGGUGGUGUUUGACGCUCGCAAGACCCCGCGGGCCGAAUUUGAGGAGUGGCUGCAGACCUACCAGCCGUCCCGCGUCUCUCGCUUCGGGGAUCCCGAGCGCAAUGCUGAGCCGGUGGGCUGGAUCGCGGUCUAUGGCCCCAGCUUCUGCCCCGAAGGAGGCGACGUGGUGGGGCUGCAGGAGGACUGGGAGCGGCUGCAGGGGAGCGGCCGCCAUAUUACUUUCGACACGGUGAAGGAGCUGGCUCUCAACCGGCGAGUGCUCACCGGCAAGUGGCUGAUGCACUUGGAUAGCGGCUUCAAGGUGGACCACGCCUGGCGCGGCAUUGCUCGGGCAGCACUUGAGGGGCGCAUCGGGGUGGCCAAAGUCAGCCCCUGCUGCCCCGACUCGGAGCGCAAGCAGGUCAUCUGUGUCUACACCGAGGACUUCACCAACGAGGAGCAGGUGCUGGUGGCCGAUGCUGUCAUCCGGGCCACCGGCAUCAAGUGCCUCUUGUCUUACAAGCCCGACGUUUACACUUACCUGGGUAUUUACCGGGACAACCGCUGGCACCUUUGCCCCACCAUCUACGAGAGCAAGUUCGACCUGGAAUGCAUCCCACGCCGCUCUCGCAUCAUCAACAAAGUCAACAACACCGAAGUAACUUAACCACCUCCUCUGAUUCUCGGGGCGGAAAGGAAUAACAAGCCCCAGCAUGCAGUGCGUAUUCACUGUCCUUUUGUCCCCUUGAGUCCGACUUCUUCAGAAACUUGGGCUGCCAAAAAGAAGUCCUUUUUGGGAAAAAUAGUAUUUCCAGAUUCUCUUAAGGAGGCAGCCUUAGGAUUUGGACGAGAGGUACGUCAUCACUUCCGUUGAGCAAUUUCUUAGCCUCUAAACAGUGUCUUCCCUGGUUUUUUCUUUUAGAGGACUUCUUGUUACGAGUGCGUCUCCACACACUUCCCCCCUUUACUUGCUUCUGGGACAAGCAGAUGCUAAAAUAUAUUACAGAAGAAUCCUUUUGAGCGCUGGAAACAGUGGGCGGCCAGCUCGGAGGUUCAAAAAUACACGCAGUUUCUAGCAACACAUAACUAUUCACCAUUUAAGAAGAAAAGCUCACAACAUGUAUUCGUUGCACAAAGUGCAAAAGCUUGUUAUGGUCUUGCUCCACCUUAAAAAGAUGAUUUUUGCCCUUUUUAUUAUUUUUGAUCACUUCCAGCCUCACUCCUUUGUUCCUUUGGAAAAAUAGCUUAUAUUUCUGUGCUCUUGAGGUUGUGGGAAGCAUCCCUUCCGCUGUAAAUAGGUUGGCAAUAAAAUAUGUUUUGUUCUUCUGGCAGAA